CAUAUGUUGCUGAGGUUGACUAGCUGAUUAAUUUAUGAUAAGCUAGGGCUGACUGAUUUUUUGUUUGGUAAACUUAUUGCUCCCCCGAAUGCCUGGGUAUUUAAAUUCCUGACCUCGAACUCCGCGCCCUCCAUUUAAUAGUUCAAACCACUGUUCCAAACUAACAUGGCUUCAUUCAGGAAAACGAAUACAAAAGUAUUCGCCAAAGCUGGACCAGAAUUGACCCCUGAUAAUAUAUAUUGGAAAAAAUUCACGCCCCCGGUCUUCGUCAAGGAAUUUGGACCAAUCGACUACAUUGAUUUUUCACCGAUCGAACCGCAUUACUUUGCCGUAACAUGUUCAGUGAGAGUACAAGUUUACAACCCUAUAACUAAACUAGUUACAACCAAUUUAAGUCGGUUUCGUGAAGCUGCUUACGGAGGAUGUUUUCGGAGCGAUGGUAAACUGCUUUGUGCCGGAGGAGAGGAACCUUGUGUGAGAUUAUUCGAUAUCAACACAAAGAGUCUACUGCGGUUAUUCAAAGGACAUCAAGCUGCGGUACAUAGAACGCUCUUUACCAGGGAUAGCAUACGUAUUACUUCAUUUUCCGAUGAUAAAACAGUCGCUCUCUGGGACAUACCCAGCGAAAAACAGCUCACCACUUUUAAAGAACAUGAAGACUAUGUCAGAGCUGGAGCCGUUAGUCCCGUAUCACCUGACAUAUUUUUAUCUGGAGGCUAUGACAAAGUUGUUAAGAUGUAUGACACCAGAACUGAUAAGACAGUUUUGAAAGUGGACCAUGAAGCUCCAGUUGAAAGCUUACUGUUCCUUCCAGCUGGUGGAAUAUUUUUAUCAGCUGGUGGUACUGAAAUAAGAGUUUGGGAUGCAUUAGCUGGAGGAAAAUUACUGGCAAAAAUAUCGCAGCACCAUAAAACAAUAACGUGUCUUAAACUAGCAUCAAAAGGUCAGAGAAUAGUAUCUGGAUCUUUGGACAGACAUGUCAAAAUCUAUGAUGCAGGCACAUACAAAGUUGUCCAUACUCUGGAUUAUCCGAAUGCUGUACUCAGUGUGGGAAUUAGUCCUGACGAUGAAACAGUUGUAGCUGGUAUGGUCGACGGCCUAAUAUCGGUAAGAAGAAGAGACACAGAGGUGAAACAAACUAAGGCACAGCGUAAGAAAGUUUCCUACAGAUACGCAGAUUCCCAUUCUCGAAUUACAUCCACAGAUAUAGUUGUUCAGGAGGAAACUAAACAAAUCCUCAGCAAGCAAGAUAUUUUUUUGAGAAAAUUUCAGUACUCCAAAGCCCUUGACAGCGUCUUAUUAGCUUUCGUUGUCAAAAGAACACCCCAUGUCACCGUUGCUCUAAUGCAAGAACUCAUCAGACGACAAGGAUUAAAGCAGGCCCUAGCAGCGAGAGAUGGAAAGUCACUGUUAAACAUUCUUCGAUUUUUGACAAGGUAUAUCGGUGAUGUUAGAUUUGGACGAGUUUUGCUACACGUUACUGGUGUUUUAAUGGAUGCUUAUGAAGAAAGUUUGGAUGAAUUGAGCGACGAAGUACGUUCAAUGUUCAAUAUAUUAGCCAAAAAACUAGAAGAGGAGGAAGAUUUAACUAGAUCUUUACUAGAACUACAAGGUGCCUUGCAAAUGUUGGUGACCGGUGCAGAAAACGUGGGUCCAGUAGCCAUCAGAGAUCAGGUGCAACUAGAACCAUCGAGUGCAGCUCACCACCAAAAAAGCCUUAUUUUUAGUAUAGGAUAGUGCUGAUCCAUCAACAAAUGUACAGUUCAUAAUAAAAAAACGCCAGAAAUAUUGAAA